GCUUCCUUCUCUUCCAGCCUCCCCUCAAAAUCACACAGAGAACUGUCGGCCGGAAAAAUGGUGCAACGGCUCACUUACCGUAAACGGCACAGUUACGCCACCAAAUCGAAUCAACAUCGGGUUGUUAAAACCCCUGGUGGUAAGCUAGUAUAUCAGACUACCAAGAAGAGGGCAAGUGGACCGAAAUGCCCUGUUACUGGAAAGAGAAUCCAAGGGAUUCCUCAUUUAAGACCUGCUGAAUACAAAAGGUCAAGAUUAUCUAGGAACAGGAGAACCGUCAAUCGUGCUUAUGGAGGUGUUCUUUCUGCAGGUGCCGUAAGGGAAAGAAUCAUUAGGGCCUUUCUGGUUGAAGAACAAAAGAUUGUGAAGAAGGUGUUGAAGAUCCAAAAGGCAAAAGAAAAGACUGCCUCCAAGAGUUAGAUGUCGAGGUCGAGGACUCUGCAACCCUCACGAGAGUAAUUUUGGGUACAGCCGGCACUAUGAAGUGUGAAUUAGAUUUUAUGGUGUCAAGAUCUUCGAUCUGUAAUCGGGUAAGCGGGUUGUUUUUAAGUUUGGUUACGUUUACUUCAUCUACAAUCAAAACUUGUUAACUUUAUUAGGUUUUUGUUUGGUGUUUAAUGGUUUUCUGAAUUCUGUUCUGGAUUCUUUUGGUAUUGCAUUUACUCUGAAAUCAGCUUAUCCUAAAUUCAAGUUC